AUCGGGCGGGUUCGGAUUGGAUAGUGAGAAAUCCAUGCCCACCCAUUACCCGUAAUAUUCGGGUUCGGGUUUUACCCGUACCCACAAAAAUUCCUUCGGGUUCGGGUUUUACCCUACCCGAUUAGGUCGGAUUCGGGUGGAUAUCCAUGGUUACGGAUAUUUUUGCCAUCCCUAAUUGAAAUGCAGAUGCCAUUUCGUCGGAUGCAGAACUUUGAACUUUCCCUUCCUUCCUUCAACGCCAUGGAAGCCAUCGGGAACUGCUUUCCUCUCCGCCGUAUUUGAGCAGCUGAUCGAGAAGCUAAACUCCCGAGCUUCCCUGAGUUUCAUUAGCGAAGAUCAAGUGGUCGAGAACUACGAAUAUAAUUCGAUGUGAAUUCAAGUUUCGGAUCCAAGACCUUGCUGUUUAUGUUUCGACUCCAUGAAUCCUCUUACACACAAAGGGAAAACGGUAGAUAUUUUUGUAGAAUGAAAUAAUGUACAGGGCAUGUUCAAACUAUUACAGCACCCUAAGGUUUCUCUGUAUAGAUGAAAUCUCUUAGCACUCUAACUAAGCAAAACCAUUGCAGGGAGAAAAACGGCCAAACUAAAAGGAAGCCAGUGCACAAGGUGGGAAUGUACGGAUAGACUCGAAGAAAUGGAGAAGAAGAGCCAUUAACAUAUACAAUACAGUGUUUUCUUUCUGUUUUUCGGCUUGCCUUAUGAGGAUGGGUUGUUACUUGUAACGCAAGCGAUCCUUUCUUUCCCAACUGCAAGCUUUUCAUUCUUCUUUGUUUGGUACUCGGUCGCGAGUUUGCCAAGCUGACGAGUAUGUGGAAAUGGCCGACCCUGUCAAGCUCAGUGAAUGUGUAGCGAUGCCUAUGCUCUUCUUUGUCACCAGCCAGAUGGUCCAGAAGAAUCCGAUCCAACCUGAACGAAAAGGGAACACCAAGAUAGGCAAGUCAAAAACCAAAUCAGACGGCAAAAGGAAUCCAGGCACAAGGGGGAACUAAAGAAAGUAUUGGGUUUUAUGUGGUAUUAUCCUUCCUCAUUUUUUCAUGUCAAGCACAAUGAUAAUGCCAAAUCAGGGUCAUCCCAGCCUCUCGAAUCUCGAUGGAGGAAAUCAUUCGAAUGAAGCCUGGAUUAGUACUUACAAAACAAAAAUUGAUGGUUGGUCCGAUCCUUUGUGAAAAAACAGGUAUUUUUAUGCAGGAACACCACCAGCACAGUGUAAAGGUGAACUAUGACAGCCAGAGUACUCUGGUUAAGCCAGUCUAGAUCAUACGAUGAUUUAGAAGAGUAACUGGGUUCACACACUGAAGAAGAGAAUUGAUUCAUAAAAGAUCCACUUCACUAGUCUGUAACACAUCCAACUAAGUAAUAAGUCUGGUAGAAGAACGGUCUCGCCAUCAUCUUGACAUUAUUAUCAUGUGUUAGCAGUAGCACAAGCAAGAGAGGGUUUGACUUUAGCUAUGCAUUCAAAGGCAUAUUGGUUUAUAUAGAUGUAUCAUGAAACGAAGAAGUUUGAUAAUAAUCCACUCACCUGUAGCGACCGCGACAGCGAUGAUUGCUGAGAUCGUUGCAGUGGAAAUGGCGAAUAUCGCGAUCGAUAACGCCCCAAUGUAUAUAGCAGCCAGACAGGCGAAGAAGAGAGCCAAGAAGCCUCCUGCAGCAGCCAACGACAUGAGAAGAGAGAUGACAAUGGCGUUGAUGGUGGCUGCCAGGAAGAACAGCAUGAAGACCAGUAUCCCCGUCAUGGCAAGAAGAGCAAUUGUCCCAACCUGUUACAGUUCCAGAACUUGAAUUAGUAAAAGCAAACAAUUGAGCAAUUCUUGGUACAAACUGAGGGCACAAAAAUUGACCGGAAGAAUGCAAAUGAAGCCAAGCAAUCCAU